AUGAAACACCUUCGUGAGUUAUAUCUCGCCAAAAAGAAAACCUGGGAAAAGAAAAGCAUUUGUGAUGUCGCUUAUACUUUACAUGGGUUCGCACUAGCAUUCCAAGUGUGGACCUAUGAGCUUAUCAAUACAUUCGUCCCCAAAUUUGCUGAAAGGACACUGGAAGAUGAUCCUACAAGCCCAAGGAUAGUGUUCUAUAAAUCUUUUAGGAGUUAUAUCGGACCUGAAGUAUCCACAGCCAUCCAGAAGUGCAAUGUUCGAAGAAAAAUUCAUGAGUCUGAGGAGGAGAAGCGAAUCCAAGACAACUCUCAUGAAAUCCCUUCUACGACGACUCCUCUUCCAACUGAUGAAGACAAUUCUACAUCCUGUGCACCCAAUCGAGUGUCUCAAGCCCAUACUGAUGCCAAAAUUGAUGAGCUGACAAAUGAUGUGAAUGAGAUUAAAAAGGAUGUGAAUGAGAUUAAAAGUGAAAUCAAGCUCAUCAAGGAGAAUCAACAACUUAUAAUCACAUUAUUGGGGGAAAUAAAGGAACAAAAGAAUAGUGGAGGAGAAGAAAAAGAAGAGGCAGACACUGCUGCACUUGAUACUGAGAAGAGGACGAAGACGAGGACGAGGACGAAGACGAAGAAUAAUGAUGUUGCACUUGAUACUAAGAGGAGGACGACAAAGAGGAAGAAUGAUGAUGUUGAUAAUGAGAAUAGGACGAAGAGGAAGAAUGAUGAGGUGAUGAACUCUAAGAGGAAUAAUGACGAGGAGAUGAAGAAGAGUAAGCAGGAUGAUGUUGAUGAGAUUAAGAGAAAGAUGAAUGAGAGGAAUGAGAGGCGAGAGAGGCUGGCGAACUUGGCCAAGAAGAGGAAGGCUGAUGAGUUGGCCAAGAAGAGGAAAGCUGAUGAGUUGGCCAAGAAGAGGGAGUUGACCAAGAAGAGGAACUUGUCCAAGAAGAGAAGUCGAAAAAGGUAUAAUUGCACACCCCCACGCACACACUUGAGCCCCACGCACACCCCACGCACUACCCUAAGCCCCACGCACAACACCACGCCCCACGACGAGGAAGAGGAAGAGGAGGAGGACGAGGACGAGGAAGAGGAGUAUGAGGAGUAUGAGGAGGAGGACGAGGAGGACGAGGAGAAUGAUGAGGAGGACGAGUCACAAGCCUCUCGCAAAUUGAAUUUUGAUGAGGAGAAGGAUGAUGAUGUGCAAGACGAGGAUUCGCUCCCUACGCCCCAAUCCUCUCCCAAAUUGAAGGAGGUGGAUGAGGAGAAGAAUAAGGAGAAGGAGGUGGAGGUGGAUGUGGAGAAGGAGGUAGAGGUGGAGGCUGAGAAGAAUAAGGAGGUGGUGGAGGAGGAGAACAAAGAGGAGGUGGAGGAAGAGAAGAAUAAGGAGGAGGAGGAGACUAAGGAGAAUGACAAGGACAAGGAUUUUCCCCACGUUCUAAAGGAGAAGAAAGAGGAGGUGGAGGAGGAGGAGGAGACUAAAGAGAAUGACAAGGACGAGGAUUUGCCCCACGUUCCAAAGGAGAAGAAAGAGGAGGUGAUUGUGGAGACUAAGGAGGAGAAGAAGAAGGAGAAGAAUAAGGAGAAGGAGGUGAAUGAUGUGAAAGAAUUGACUCCAUCACAAUGUGUUAAUCCUAUGUUACGAAUUGACAAGGAAAAGAUGAAGACUUUGAAGCAAUGGUUAAACAGUGAUGAUAAAUACCUCAAGGAUUUGACUGUUUGCGAAGCAGAUCGUUCUUUAUUCAACAGAUUGCUUAAGCCUCAAGAAUGGUUACACGAUGUGAAGAUCGCGAAUCGCUAUGAUAUGUUUGCCCCGAAUCCUGUUGGCUACAAGUUCGACGAUUUUAUGGAAUAUGUAAUUGGUGAAGGAAGUAAUCCUUGGAAUCUUGUUGAUAUGAUAUAUGUACCUUUGAACCUGAAGCAGAAGCACUGGGUCCUAUGCCAGAUUCAUCUAUAA